AUGUACCACUACCGAUAUAGGCGUUUAAAGUCUGAAACUAUUAAAGAGAUUAUACUAUUUCUCUACGCGUCGAGAUUUGACCUCAAGGAUGUAGAGAUAAAGCAGCUUGAGAAGUAUUUUACUUUGGAUGAGAUUGAGACCUUAAAGGAGCAGAGUCAUGAGAAUUUAGAAGGGACUGAGAUUGAUUUAAUUAGCGAGAAUGAGAGGGAGGAAGAAGAGGAGGUUACUGAGAUAGCUACUUCUAACAAACUGAUCGAUCUUGGUGCUGACAGUGAGGAUACUGCGGAUAUUCAGCUACUAGAGAAUGCGACUCAGCUACGGACGUCUGGGAGGAAGCGUAAACAUAGAGAAGACAAUGACUUUGAGGAAUAUUAG